AUGGCCAAGACAGACGUCCAUCCCCCGCCCUAUAACGAGCGCGGACGUGUGUACUCGCCGAGCGUCGCCCGUGACCACUUCAAGAGCCCCACCGCGCGACCCAGGAACACAUCUGGAUCGCCCAACGCGCCGCGUGACAUGCCCCGGAGCGAGGGCCGCUCGCCGGAGCUUGUCCGCCGGGUAAGCCCGGUGGCGCGCUUCGACCACUCGCCAGAGCGCCCCAAGAAGCGCCCGGCCCCGGUGCGACCAAUGGAGCCAGAGCUUCCGUCGCUCAUCCAGCGCAGGGGCCCUGAGGCGAUCGCCAAAAUGCCGCGCCUCAACCUCGACCCAGAGGAAGCGCACAACGCGCAUCCCGACACGGCGCCUCAGACCGCGCGCAGCGCACCGCCGCACCAGCACUCAUUUGGGUCGGACGCCUACGUCCCGUCGCCCUCGCGCCUGUUUCGCGCUCGGGAGCGCGACUUUGGCUACACGCCGCUCUCAAACGACGCUGCGUACGACGAUCCGCGCAAAGUGAGCCCAUCGCAUACGGUGUACUACGACCCGGUCUCGGCGCCGGGCAGUGCGACGCAACGCACAUACAUGCCGCACGCAGCAACCCUCCCGUCGCCGGCCUACCACGCAAACCACCGGGGCCACGGGCGGCCUGACUACGCCAGCGAUGCUUCGGACGAGACGCACCAGCGUAUGUCGGCCAACAAAAUGCAGUUUCUCGCACUUUUUUCCGACUUUUACGAGAGCCUGUCGGACAGCCGCACGCUGAAGGCCACGCUUGAGUACCAAAUCCGCUCGAGCAACGCGCUGCUGCAUACGCUGCAACGCAGCAACAAGGUGUUUGACGAAACCGUCGACCGCCGUGUCCGCCAGGAGUCGCAGGCCUGGGAGUCGCGUUUCGCACGUCUCGAAGAUCGCCUGGAUCGGAUGGACGCACGUCUCGCCGACGCACUUGCACAUAUCACCGCCGAACCACGUGCGGAUCUCACGGUCAAGCCUGACCACCAUGGGUGA